AUGUCCUAUACUCAGGCUAGUAUUGACUCGGACUCGCACCCAUCCGGGUCCGACCUAAAUGACUGGGCUGAAGCUCUCAUCAUAGCCGUUUGUGAAGGUGACAAUACGCCCGAUACUCCACAUAGCCAUGAUUUUGAUCCGUGCCACGGUGGCAACGCGCAUGGCCAAGGCGCCCCCGUGUACUCUUGCGGGUGCUACCGGCGCACGAAAGUCGGAUCUGCACUUGCAGAUGUAUCUGAACAGGACCAGAGACUUGAACGGUUCUUCCAGGAUGUUGAAGGUUGGAACGCGCAAGUUGGAGGCCGUAGCGGCGAAACUUGGUCCCUGAAGCGUAAGAGGUCCAAGUCAGCCUUCGAGUCAGACUCCAUAGGAGAUAUGACGCCACACCGUUUUGGACAAAACCUGACCAAUGUCCAGCGCGCUGGGUCGGUGCCAGCACUUGAAAUGCCAAAGCGUAGGAAGCUGGGAAAGGCCUUCGAAUUUGAUGGAAGUACGGCUCAUGAAACCUUAGUGCUUGAUGUUGUGAAACACCUCGAAGCUGCCAUUGACAGGCAAACAGAGGUGCUGGCCAAGAUUUAUCGCGUUCUGGAGAACCGUGCCAAACCCCGAUGGACUCCGCCUGAUGCUGAUCAUCCGAGUCUUCCAUCGCUCAUCUUCUGUCCCCCUAGUACUCUUACCGGUCACUGGUUCUACGAGAUUCCAAAAUACGCCGAGAACUUGCAACCCAUUCUCUACACCGGCAAUUCCAAGGAGUGCGCAAGGUUUCUUCCUAAACUGUCCAAGAAAGAUGUGGUCAUCACCUCAUACGAAGUUGUGCGGAACGAUAUUGUGAGAUACUGGGGCGAAGUAAGCCAGCGUGCUUACAAAAACGUCGUUCAACGAGCGAUUCAGCAAGCCAACCGUGAUGGAAAGGCGAAGACUGGUGCAGCUGCUGCCCACUUUGGACCACGAUUUUUUGGGCAAGGAUGUAACUUAAUAGUCCCAAACGACGACAUAAUUGGACCUAUUACCCCUCCUCCCAUACUUCACGAGCUGUCUGCUUACUCGAAGAAGGCAAAAAAAAGACCCAAGCCCUAUCACAGAUGCGGUCCUAACAUAAUAGAGCGCCUCUAUGGUGAGGAUUGUUCAGGGUGCAAUGGCUCCGGACAUGUGAUGGGUGUUCAGGGGGACAAACGUAGAUUGGAGCACCUGACUCCCGACGCCCUCGCUCAGGCCAUCAUAGCCAUUCAAGCUGAUAUUGAAUGGAGGCGCGUGCGUGCUCUGGCAGCGGCUUUGCACGUCGAUGCGGUCAAUCAACGUUCCAAGUUUAUUGGCAUUACGGUCCAGAGCGAAGCUCAAACAUAUGCCAAUGCUAUUUCGGAGCCGCUCGAAAGCGCGAUUGAGGCGCUCACUAGCUGUACUAGUAAUGAACUCAACGAUCGCAAUAGUAUAACCACGUACCACCAUGAUGUGACGUCGUUUGCCACUGCUGACUCACAGUUUGAUGAAGUCGAGAGUUUUGCAUUAACUCUCCUGGGAUCAGAUGAUGGUGUCAGUUCGGAUGAUAGUGUCACCAGUUCGGAUGAAGGCGAUGAUUCUUGUGUUCGGGGAAUUCCAGCGUUCACCGCUGAUCUCAGUACGCUCGGCGGUAACUUUCUUAACCUCAUCAGGCCGCCAGCAACGAUCAACGAUGUUUCAUUAGCUGACUACGCUACUGAUUAUCAGGCUAACUCAGGCACUGACAUAAUAACGGGAAUUAAUCCAACAAUUCCUUUGGUACUUUUCCAUUCAAUUGUUAACGUUCAGGGGCCGGCCUCGAGCUACAAGUGGCAUGAGUCAAAUACCAGCUUGAACGCCCAAAACUCUUGCUGCCUCCAACUUGAUUCGAAGAUUCCCCUCAAAUCAACGUCCAAACAGAAUUUGUUCGACGAAAUGCCAGCUGACCGACAUAGCGGUCGCUCAGGCCAAUUGCCCGGGCAUCGACCAAGUCACGGUGCCGGUUACCCAUCUAGCCACUUACCACUGCCUCAGCCACCGCAAUGGAACACGGUACCGGCGGGCGGCCUCAGUCACCCUAUGAGGCGCAGCGGUCGCCCGAAUUUCGGGUUUCAAUUAGAGGACAAGGAAUCCCAGCCUGCGUCGCAGGCCUCUGAUAUUAAUCACGAGGCGAGAACGCACAACACGGGCGCCUUUAUCCAUCAUGCCCUCCGCUUGCAGGAGCCUGUGGCAAGUGGUAGCCAGCACCAGCCCCUGGUGUAUGGUAACUCAAUGCUCAGCGCGGGGGCGUCUAACUAUCAUACUACCUUCCGCUUGCAAGAGCCAGUGGCAAGUGGUAGCCAGCACCAGCCCCUGGUGUAUGGUAACCCAACGCUCAGCGCGGGGGCGUCUAUCUAUCAUACUACCUUCCGCUUGCAGGAGCCCGCUGGUGGUACCCGGUACCAGCCUGGCGUCGAAACUGGGGUCGAUUAUUCCUCUGGUUAUCAUAACCCACAGCAUGAGGCUUCUAACGCCGGGACAGCGUUCAAUGCGGCCGCAUACCCUAACUACCAGACUAUGCACUCGCAGGAUCCCACGGACGUUAGCCACCAAAUUCUGCGGGUUGAACCACGGUCCUCCACAGUUAGCGCAUAUCAACCAUCCACGAGCCAGGGUUUUCAUGACAGCUCCAUACCCCAGAACGCCCCCCAGUUCCCAACCGCCCUCAAUCCGGCUACCGACAUGAGUGCGAGUCAAGUCACUCAAGUGACUCCAACUCAAUCAAGUGGGCUGGCUUUGGGCGCCCACAGCUCGAACAACCAAGGCCACUUCGCUUCCUACGAUUCUGAUUCUGAUUCUGAUUCUGAUUCUGAUUCUGAUCAUGUGCCUGACGUUGGAAAGCUGUUCGAGCAAAGACCGGCACUAGUACGCCGGAUGGUUGUACGCAAACAGCCAAAAUACAUCAAUAAUAUCCCCUCAGCAUCGACACAGUCCGCUCGAAGUAACUCGUACUUGCAGGUCGAAUCUGCAUUGGUCGACCGCGUGAAGAUUGAGGCCACACGUCGAAUGAAUUUGUCACUAUUUCAGAAUUCCCUAUAUCCUGCCUCACGUGAUAUUACUAGGUUGGCCGGUACAGCGCUUGACGGUGCGAUCGCCGAUUCCAAGAACGUCCUUCUGCGACUCACGAAGGACACAGCGAAAGACCUCAUAUUGUGGAAGUCGUGGCCAGAAGGUCGGCGCACCCUCUCAGGGCUGAAAGGGGUUGUCCGAAAGGUCCACAGAGACUCCGUGGGCCGUGCCCAGGGUCUAGUGCUCGGAGGUUAUCAACUAUUCCUUCACGUUUUAUUCAAGAACGCGAACGAGAUCGCACAAUCGCGCCAACGGGACGCAUCAGGAUUUCUAUUGAACGAUGAUUAUCUUGACACGAUUGUUCAGCGGAUCAUGGAUGAUGGGCAAACCCAGUUGGUCUGCAUCCCAUUCUCGAACUCCGUCGUCAUCGGCAUCUUGGAAUAUAUCCUAAUCGAUCAGGGUUAUCGCCAGUUUAUAUCCCUCGAAGGGUCUGACUGGGAGGUUUCCCUGAUGAAUACAAUUGCCCUUUCUGCAGCAAUCUGUAACUGGGUACUACGACAAUAUUCGAAGAACGGCUGGUACCAAGCUACCGAUUUUCACACUCCGGAAAGUGAGGCCUGCUAUGCGAGAAUGAAAAGUCGGAUGUCGUCAUUGGUCGGCAAUGAGCAGGUGGAGUUUCGCAGACUGUUAUUCCUCAUUCGUGAUGUACUGUUACAACUUCCACUUAUUAGUUAA